AAUGUUUGGUUUUGUAUUUAUGUUAUUUGUACUUCUUUUGGUUUAUGGUAAUCACUAUGCUGUGGUUGAUGUGUGUGUGUAAACACUAUUAACUGACACAAGUGACAUUAUCAUAUACCAGUUGUUGGUAUAAGGGAAAGGACAUCCCUGCUAGAAAUAUGAUUAUGUCUAGACAGAUUGGAGGUCAUGUUUAAAGGAAAAGUUGUUGGUUUGAGAAAUAGCUGAACAGAAAGAGGAUGUCAGUGUAGCUGUGUUAAGGCGUCUCUUUAUUGGACCAUCACCCAUCCUGGAACCGCUCUGCUUCCCUGGCUGUCGGUGCCAUUUCCAGAGGUUUUGGAUCUGGUUCCUCAUCCUACUUACUAUUGUGCAACCCACCUCCUCCCCAUCACCACCAUGACAUCCAUGUUGUCCAUCUUGGAGCAGCAGUUUCCUCCAUCAGUAGAGCCUGAGAGCAGCACCAGCAUGCUCCACUGGGCCCUGUGAAAGGAUGCCAGAUCUGUUACAUUGUCCUCCUGCCACAGCUGUCCCUGCUGUCCUCAUCAGGCCCUCGCAGGUGUCCCGUCUGGUGACCUCAUACCCGACCUUUAGCCUUUAACCCCUCACACCUGGGCGACUCCUUUGCAUACCCUUUCUGAACUCUGACCCCAGACUGUCCAUCAUCUUGAGGUCACCUGCUUCCACAGGUCAGUGGAGGAUGCGUUGGAGCACACUGGCGGUCGUGCACAGCUGGGGCUCUGCAGCUAUGGUCAGAUGACUUCCUGUUGUUUGGGAUGGAGGAAUGUUAAUGGCAUUUGUCAGCCGGUGUGCAAGAAGUCAUGCGUAUAUGGACAAUGUGUGGGACCUGACAAAUGUUUAUGCUCCAGAGGGUACAAAGGACGGCAGUGUGAUGAAGAUGUGAAUGAGUGCGGUUUCCUGGAGAGACCGUGUUCCCAGCGCUGCAUGAAUACACACGGUAGCUAUCGCUGUUACUGUGAACCUGGAUACACGCUCAGUGCAGACGGAUACACCUGCAGCGGAGAGGCCGCAUGUUUCUCCCUGCGCUGCCAGUUUGGUUGCCAGAUGGAAAGAGGGGGAGCAGCAUUGCGCUGUCUGUGUCCCCCCGGCCUCCACCUGGCCGCUGACAACAAGACCUGUGAAGAUGUAGAUGAGUGUCAGCGGGAUGCUGAUGUGUGUCCACCACGCCGGACCUGCAGGAACACUUUCGGCAGCUUUUUCUGUGCGUGUCAAGAUGGCUUUGUGAUGGGGACACUCCAGGGCUCAGUGCAAUGUCGAGAUAAGGAUGAAUGUUUAACCGGGUCUCACCAGUGCAGCCGCCAUGCUCAGUGUGUCAACACAGAUGGUUCCUACACCUGUCAGUGUUUGGAGGACUACUUCGGCAACGGACGCACCUGCUGGCCCAGGAGAGCCCCACAGUCCAAGGCUGUCAUGUAUUUCAAUUACAAACUCUCCAAAAGGACCAAGCCCAUACGACCUUCAUCUUAGUGCAACUUCUCACAACCUUCAUGGUUCAAACCAUGAGUGACACAUGCAACAUUAGAGGGUAAUUUAAGAGGUAUUCGGUUAAAAAAAAAAAAAAACCUUUUCAGGACAAAACAUGUUGUAAUGUCAAGUAUUUUGUUAAGUAAUGUAAAGAAUUUUCAACACAACUGGAAAGCUUGUGUCCAUCUACAGUUAUAGCUGUUAUUUCUCCAGUCAACAGUCAGCGAGGCAAAACCUGGAACGAUCCCAGCAUCACUGGCUGCUUGUGUGAUGUCUGUUGAAGAAACCCUUCAUUUAACAAAUGUACUGUAACAGGACCACACUCUGUACUUUGCUUGAGUGCUACAGCCCAAACGGACGGUGAUGACAAGGGGUUUUCCUUGCGCUGGCAACAACAGUGUCACAAAGACACCACCCGUGUUAUUCCUACUUCGCCAAAGAAAACACUAAACAAAAUUUGC